CCUGGUGGCGGGAUUGCUCCUUCGGGAAAUUCCCACGGCAUCACCACCUGCAAAUUCAUGUGACUGCACUCCAUGCCACAAGUCAUCACUGGCCUAGUGAAUUUGGGCCCAUUUCUUGGCAAUACACCCAUUAUUACAUGGGUUAUGUGGCUGUGCCCACAGCUACUGACUAAGCAGGGCAUGUGCACAGGGGAGCGAGUGGUGAUGCCGUGGGAAUUUCCCGAAGGAGCAAUCCCGCCACCAGGCAGGAGCGGCGGGGGAGGGGGUCGAGCGAUCGAGCGGGCCCUGUGGGGCAUCACGGCCUCGUGGAUUGGGCGGGGUGACUGGGGAGGGUGCCGACGAACUGUGUUCACGUCCUGCCUACGUUUAUCUAUUUUAUCUGCCCUCCUAGCUAGUGCAAAGUGGUACAAGGUGGCUGUGUUAAAAAUUACGCAGGGGUAGUAUAAAAAGUUGCGCAGGAGCAGUGCUGCAAAAGUCGCGCAAUCAGCUGUUUUAUUUUUGUUUGUUUAAUGUUACAGAUGCAGCGUCAUA